UGCUAACAUUUUCUGACACACUCACAUACAUACAUUUGCUGACACACGGGCAGACAGUGACCAUGGUGCUCCCUGCAUCCUGACCAGCUAUGAGGAUUACACUGAUGAAGAUGAUGGGAGCGAUGAAGAGCGUGAGGGAGAGGACGCUGGCCUGCCACAGCUGAGGACCGUAGUCAGGCGGUGGGGGGUGGGCAGGGGGUGGGAGGGCAGCAGAGUGGGGGAUUGUGGGACAGGAUGGAGCGCGGUAGAUAGAACACAUGCGUGUGCAUGUGUGCAUGUGUCUGUGUGAGUGUGUGGAGGUGUGUGAGUGUGAAAUGUGUGUAUGAAGGCUAGGAUGCCCCCCAAGUCUGGGACCAGCUAGCUAACGUUAGCCACAUGUUGUGCCACUGCAAAGUAGCAUGCACCAACAACACCAUAUCUCUGAUGUUUGGAUGCAAGAAGUAUCGGUGUCAAGAAGAGGAAGGGGCAUCACCAGGUGCCCCAAAACUCCACCAUCACCCCUGCCAGCAUCACCAAAUGGGAGUAGCCAGAGAGCUGAGGGAAGGAAGUACCCUGGGGAGGGAUGGAGGGACCCUGGGUAGGGAGGGAGGAACCUGGAGGAGAGAUGGAGGGAGUGCUGGAACCAUGGAGAGAGAAAGGGAACGGUCACUAGGGAGGGACGGCUCUCUCGGUCGCCACAAUGACCUCCGGGGAGCGGAGCUGGUUCAGGUGGCGGAGCGUCAGCUAUCUCAGAUUCAACACGUUCAUGGAUAUGUCACUCAUACACACAUCACGCCUGCUCAGGUAGAAUCACCUGAAGUUCCCUUUGAUGACGAGGCGUGGCCUCACCCAGAGGGAGAGAGGCUGAAUGAAGUCCCAGCCCCGCCUUUCUCCUCUCUCUAUUCUCAAAGCCACGCCUACUACCAGGCCAACCCCCCUCCAGUGGUGGUCAACACCGACAACGUCGACACCCCCCCAUAUGUCAAUGGAACAGAAGCAGACUAUGAGUAUGAGGAAAUCACGUUGGAGCGGGGUAACUCAGGCCUCGGCUUCAGUAUCGCUGGAGGGACCGAUAACCCCCACAUUGGAGAUGACCCCUCGAUCUUCAUCACCAAGAUUAUACCUGGAGGAGCUGCAGCCCAGAAUGGACGACUCAGGGUGAAUGACUGUAUAGUCCGGGUGAAUGAGACGGACGUCAGAGAAGUGACCCACAGCGGCGCCGUGGAGGCUCUGAAGGAGGCAGGUGGUCUGGUCAGACUGUGUAUACGACGCAGGAGGAGCCUCACCGAGAGAAUCCUGGAUAUCAAACUAGUCAAAGGCCCCAAAGGUUUAGGAUUUAGUAUAGCUGGUGGAGUUGGAAACCAACAUGUCCCUGGCGACAACAGCAUCUAUGUGACCAAAAUCAUUGAGGGAGGAGCAGCACACAAAGAUGGACGUCUACAAAUAGGCGACAAGCUUGUUGCUGUAAAUGGUUCCUGUUUGGAGGAGGUAACUCACGAGGAGGCAGUGGCCGCCCUAAAGUCGACUCCUGAUGUCGUGUACCUGCGUGUGGCCAAACACACCUCCCUGUUUAUCAAUGACAACUUCCCUCCGCCCGAUGUCACUAACUCAUAUUCCCCACACCAGGAUAACCACAUCAGCCCCUACAUGAGUGGCAGCCAAUCUGUAAGCCCUGCCCCGCUGACCACCCCCAGAUACUCACCGCUGCCCAGGUCCAUUGCAGGAGACGAUGAUAUCACCCGGGAACCCAGACGGGUGGUGCUGCAGAGGGGAUCUACAGGUCUCGGAUUUAACAUUGUUGGAGGGGAAGAUGGAGAAGGGAUCUUCAUUUCCUUCAUUCUUGCUGGAGGUCCAGCUGAUCUCUGUGGGGAACUUCGAAAGGGAGACCGCAUCCUGUCGGUGAAUGGGGUGGACCUGUCCAGUGCAACACACGAGCAGGCAGCCGCAGCUCUGAAAAAUGCAGGACAGACCGUCACCAUAGUAGCCCAGUUCAGACCAGACGAGUACAGUCGUUUCGAGGCAAAGAUCCAUGACCUGAGGGAACAGAUGAUGACCAGCAGUGUCAGCUCCAGCUCCACGUCUCUCCGCUCCACACAGAAGCGCACACUUUACGUCAGGGCCUUGUUUGACUAUGAUGGAAGUGCUUCGGAUCUGAGCGCGCCCAAUCAGGCCCUGCCCUUUCAUUUUGGGGAUAUCCUCCACGUGAGCAGCGCCAGCGAAGAGGAGUGGUGGCCCGCCCGUCACCUCAGCCCCCCGCCCCCGAACUGCCCGGAAGUCGGGGUCAUCCCCAGCCGCCGGAGGUCAGAGUUCAAAGGCUGGGUUAGAAUGCAAAGCAAAAAAAAAGAGUCUAUCCUUCUCACCUACCAACCUGUCAUGCAGCAUGAAGUUAAUUACACACGGCCAGUCAUCGUGCUUGGACCAAUGAAAGAUCGGGUUAACGAUGACCUCAUCUCCGAGUUCCCUGACAAGUUUGGCUCCUGCGUCCCACACACAACACGGCCACGGAGAGACUACGAGGUGGAUGGCAGAGAUUACCACUUCAUGUCCUCCAGAGAGCUCAUGGAGCGAGAGAUUCAGGAGCACAAGUUCAUCGAGGCUGGACAGUAUAACAACCAUCUGUAUGGAACCAGCAUACAGUCUGUCAAAGAGGUCGCUGACAAGGGCAAGCACUGCAUACUGGAUGUAUCAGGGAACGCGAUAAAGCGUCUCCAGAUGGCAGGCCUCCAUCCCAUCGCUAUCCUCAUUAGACCACUCAGUGUCGACAACAUUUUAGAGAUGAAUAAGCGUCUCACUGAGGAGCAGGCAAGGAAGGCCUACGACAGAGCUGUGAAACUGGAGCAGGAGUUCACAGAGUACUUCACUGCAAUCGUCCAGGGCUCAACUCUAGAGGAAGUGUAUUCGCAGGUGAAGCAGAUCAUCGAGGAGCAGUCUGGUCCUUACAUCUGGGUUCCCACCAAGGAGCGACUCUGAAUAAAUACCCAUAUACAACAUACUCACACACACACACACACACAUCAGCCUCUCUGCACACUUCCUUCUUGUCUAAUUUUCUAUUAUCAGCCUGCUUCCUUGCUCUCUUUUUCUUACGCACGCACAUCACUACAUGCAUUGACACAUUUACAUAAGCACAUUCAGUGGGACGAGGCUGGGACUAUCUGGGACUGCUGCUUCCUGAAGUGGGAGGAGCUCAUGUCUGUCCAGCAGCCUAUUGGUGGAUCUUCCUACGGCUCAGUUCCUUAAUGUUUAAGGAGGUGGUUUAAAUCAAGGCGACAUGUACCAUUAUCUGAUUUGAUUUCAUUAUUGUUCUUCUUAUUGUUGUUGUCGUUGUUGUUUUCAUAUUAACGAAGGGUAAUGCAUUCAUGUAUGGGUUUGUAAUGAUUAUAUUGUCACCAAGAGGCAGAUUUUUGCACGCUGUAGCUUUAAGAGCAUGUUUUUGGGACAAAAUCUUGAUCUCCUUCCCUCUCUGUCUGUCUCUCCUCAUAGCAUCACUCCUGUUUACAGUUGCUUACUCAUGUUUUUUCUCAAUUCUCAAUCCUUUCAUUCCCUAUCUUCUUUUGACUAUCCACAGACUUUAGAUAUGAGGUGAAAAUCAUUAUAAAAUUUUCAAUACGCCACAGAAUUUUGGCAUCAAAACAAAUACUGUUUAGAGAUGUAGCAAGAAUAUAUUAAUCAUUUAAUCUGUAAGCAAUGUGUGACAUAAUAAUAAUUAUAUUAAGAAGCAGCAGUUCUCGAUCCGAUAACAAAAGAAGAUUAAAUUCAAAUAUAUAAAGUGCAAAACCCUCUAUCAGAGGUUUGCUAUUAAAAGGUCAAAAACAAACUGCCUCACUGAGUACGUUUGCAGCUCUGGGCCUGCAUUUAUCACAUUUCUGAGGAAUAUUUUUAAUAUAACUCACAGUUCUCCAUGGUGAGUAGAGACAAGGUCAUAUUUAUCAGGCAGCUCACUGCGAUUUACAGCCAAAGAGAAAACACGAUAGAGCAGCUCAUAAGGCCAUCGAACGAUCAAUCACCAAUCAGAGUCAAGUCAUCUGCACCGUUGCUCGUUACUUUUUACAAAUUCUUAUCUUCAGUAGAAAUGUAUCGUCUAAUUUACAAAAUAUAUAAAUACUUUGUCUGGAACACAAAGUACAGAUGAAGGGAAAAUGGUAAAAAUCUUAAAAAUGUUAAAAUCGGACACAAAUAACAGAUUAUGGUACAAGCUGUAGUUUGUGUAAACACUCGAAACAAUAAUAUUUAAGUCAGAAUAAAACCAUAAACUGCUCCAGUUUGUUAGGAGAAAUAAAAUAAAACUAAAUUUAGACAUUUUUUCUUUUUACUUAAGUUCUAAAAUUGUACUCGACAGCUCGACAAACAGCGGCCCAGAUUCGAGAUCGAGUCUGUUUCGUAGAAGCUUUCAUCUCAAAGAGGCUUCUCUGCCUUUUCCUUCCACCUCCGCUUCCUUCUCUCUGUCUCACGCCUUCGUGUCUCCUCCUCUGCGCAGUGUGACGUUAGUUACGCACGCCAGCAUUAAACAGUGUAUCUUCUGCUUCAUCAUCACUAUCAUCACGAUCAUAAUCAUCAUUGUUACGGCUUUCCUUCUUACCGUAGUUGCACUAAUGAGGGCUGGUUUCUUAAAAGCAUCUUUACCCUCCCAGUGUUUCCGGUCUGCGCACGUGAUGCACGACACACUCGCUUUUCCCUCAGCGAUGAUUGAGCUGCUUUGAGACGAAGCUGGUCGACGCGGUUUUUUUUGGUAAAGGUUAAAAAACACAUCAUACUGUCGUUGAUGAGUAUUUUAGGGGUAUCGAGUGUACUCUUCUGGAGAAACUUGCUGUUUGGAUUAACCAUUUAACUCGAAUCCACUUUUUCCCCCGCUGGAUUUAUAAUUAAUAGUUUAAUAGUUUAAGCCUUUAUGUGUGACCUCCGCACUCCAUCUAUAAUUAUCCAGCUAAGGGUUAUACCUUGGAGCCUGUUUUCAUUAUUUCACAAAUGUCUACUUUAUGCAUUGAAGGAUGAAAUGUUUGGCUUUUCAUUCAUUUAAGGAGGCCACACAGCACGAGAAGCAAACCUAACCCUGUAAAGCCUGAGCCAUUCCUUUCCUUCUGACAAAUGAAAGAAAAAAAAAGAAAUGAAUUAUCAAUACACGAGUUUCAAUUUGUAUAAUUUUUGCUUUAUCUGGCAUUUUUUAGGUUGAUGAUAUUUAAAGAAGUUUAAAAAAGCUCACAACUCAUGUGUUAAAUAUGACACAGUUGGCGUUAUGGGGUUAAAGCUACUCAGUGGAGUCUGUGACCACGUUAACAGCACAUGUAACCUAACAAUGGCGACUCUGUUGGUCAUGUGAAGCUUGCUUAGUGCAUCUGUUACCUGUAGUAGUCUUUUCAGAGGCUUUGCUGCUUGUCGCCAGGGCUCAGCUUAACAACACGUGACUAAACUCUACAUGUACUGAAAACUAAAAUGAAAACAACAACAAAAAAAAUCAUAGCAGUGUUGUUGAGUAUAUCUGUUUUUUAGCAUUGCAUCUGCUUUAUCGCAAGGGCCAGUUAAUGCAUCCAACUCAGUGGCCUGAAAGGUGCUGUGGAGCAAUAUUAUUUUCACUUUCUUGCAAUCCAGGUUGCACCUGUAAAGUUUGUUGCAUGACUGCAAAAAAUGAUUUACACGCUAUCCGCCUCAUAGAUAUUUUGUUAUUCGGAUUAGAGCGUACAUUCUUGAGAGCCCUUUGCUACGUAAUUGGCGUUGGUGUAAUGUUUCCAGUUUCUCCAGGGAGCAACAUCGCGAGUGCUGAGGUCACGAACGACACUCACCGGAAACACGAUGUAACAUAAUCUCUUGUUUUCCAAACGUAACAUUCGAGAUCCCGAGAUGCUUUUGGCGACGCAGCCCCCACCUGUAUGGACCUUGUCAGCCACCCGCUCCCCAUCUCCAUCCUCCAACCCCGAGGCGACUUCUCCAAGCUGACUGGAGACUGGAGACGUAUAGAAAGACUGUUCUGUCAACAGAGUAGCUUUUUAUUUCAAAUAACAACCAGUUUUUGACCGCAUGUGUUUUAAAAGGCUUUAAAUGUUUCUCCACAGAAUGUUCAGAUAGGCCAAAUCUGUAAUCCUCACUGAUUCAGGUCGAUCAGUACUGUGUUUGUGUGUUGACAGAACUGGGCUGUCUGUAUGACUCUGGCUGUGUGUUUUUAGCCAGGGGACCAUGCCACUGUAUGUUAGAGUAAAGCACCGAUGCAAAGAAUCUAUUACAGAGAUGGAACUAUAUCUAACAUAUAAUAUUUAUCCCUGCUCUAACUGCCUAUUUUGGUACAAAAAAACAUAAAUAAAAGUCUUUAUUGAGAUUUACUGAAAUCCUUUUACCUUUAA